GUAGAACAGGAGUGAAGAGAACAGCUAAGCUAAAUAGUUAAAACAUGUAUAACUAGAACAACGCAAAUAUGGAACAACCCCCACUCCAACAGACAGAGGAUAGAGGAUGGUGUGAUUUUUUUUCCACAUUCCAUAACCCAUAUAAUGGCUUUGUUGAGUCAAAAGAACAGUUGGAGGAGCUUAAGUGGCACUAUGAAGUGGAGACAAAAUCAUAUUUUGUUUCUGUGAAAACUUCAUCCACUUUUGGAAACACUGCUCUGAAAGAAGAUACUCUAAGAAAUAAUUGCAGUAAAGAAUCAAAUGUAGAUACUCACAGAAAAGCAGAUUGUUGAACCAUCAAAGGGAAAGGUUGUUUUUCUCAACCCUUUGGGAGCCUCACCAAAUCAAAAGAGAACAGUUCUUUUGUAUUGGAGAAAAUACAUAGGACAGAUGCUUCUUCUUCAUCCAGAGAAUGGGUACAAAAACUGGACACUGGAAGUAGUACCUGACCAUUCCAAACAACUAGAUGGAUCCAGUUGUGGCAUCUUCUGUCUUUUGUUUGCAGAGAAAUAUCUGGCUGGACAAUCUCUGCUUGGUAUAACUCAGGAAGAAGUAAAUUAUAAAAGGGUAAUGAUAGCCCACACACUGAUGAUGUUUGAAGGACACAUGGUGGGAUGCUGUCCAUGCUGUGGAUUUCGAACAAAUGCUGAUGAAGAACAAUUGAUUCAAUGCAAAAUAUGCAAGAAUUUGUUCCACAGAAAAACCCAUUGUGUUGGUGAGGCUUUUGCAACUGGCACCAGCAAUGAAGACUUUGUUUGUGAAAUAGACAGAACAGUUGAAAAUAAAUGAGCUAUUUUGUAAAUAAUAAUCAAUUUUGAAAUAUUUAUACAUUAGGGAUAGUCAACCAUGUAAAAUGAGUUUUGUUUUACUGAGAUCAAGUGUUGUACAGUUAUAUUUCUGUGUAGAACAUACUGCCAGGUUACUGAAGUUAGUAUUAUGCCUGUACUAACCUCUGUAACCUGUUUAUACAUAAGGGGUAGUCAACCAUUUAAUAUGAGUUUUGUUUUACUGAGAACAAGUAUUGUACAGUUAUAUUUCUGUGUAGAACAUACUGCCAGGUUA